AUGGCCGGAUUGGGGAAACAAGGAGCUGCUAGGCGUGGUGGAGGACAACUAUCAGUACUGCUUCCGGUUUCAUUACCAUAUGAUAAACAGACACAGAUUGGUGCUAAUGGUGGUACAUUGCCACUUGCACGAGAGUCUCAUGGUUCCACGAGUGUAAAUAAUGCUCCUUUGCCAGAGGGACAUGUCGAACAUAAUGUUGAGUCAUCCUCAACGAGGAGGAAACGGGGACCAACCCGAAAUAUUGCGCUUGCCAAAAAAAAGCAAGCUGGCGAGAAGCUUAAUGUCGAGAUGCCUGAAGAGCUUGGGCGAAUAGUAGGAUUGGAAUGCCAACCACUUAUAACAGAGUUGGGAUGCAUUGUUCGGAAGCAUGCACCUCUUCAAGUGACAAAAUGGGCAAAGAUUGACAAAGCCGAUCGGGAGAGUUUACUCCAAAUGGCCAAGACUGCUCAAACUGGUGAAGUGCUUGGGCCAAUUGAGUUAUAUAGGAUAACUCACUAUAGUAAUAAGAAACGCUCUUGGGUGAAUGACCGAGAGAAUGAAGCACCAGCUUGUGAGGAGGAAAUUUGCUCAGAGGUUCUUGGACACAAGUCAGGGUACAUAUGUGGCCGUGGGCAUGGUCCGAAGCCUAACCGAUCCUUAUCUAAGCACCAUGAUAAAUCAAAGUUGGAGGCAGCUAACAAAAGGGCCAAUGAGUUGGAAGAAAAACUCAAUGCUCAACAAAAAGACAUGGAAGUGAUUAAGGCUACCCAAAAGGCAACAAAUGAGAUUUUACAAGCACUGAUGGAGCAAAUGCAAGCGGCAACCCAAAAAUGCAACAAAUGA